AUCUCCCCCAAAAAUUAUAUACAUUUAGAAGAGGAUCAUUCUGUAAUUGUUGUUUAAUUGUUCUGUUCAAAGGUUUGGAGGAUGGAAUUGUGUUAGGGGACAGUGCCUAUCCAUGCAGGAAGUUUCUCAUGACACCUUACCUGCAUCCUGGAUCCCCACAGCAACAGAUGUUCAAUGACGCACAUGCAAAGACAAGAAAUGUUAUCGAAAGAGCAUUCGGUGUACUGAAGCGGAGGUUUCAUGUCCUUCAUGGAGAGGUACGAAUGAAGCCGGGCAAGGUAACAAAAAUAAUUCUGGCAUGUGUAGUAUUGCACAAUCUCGCUAAGGCAUGGGGUGAGAGGGAGGCAUUCCCAGAGGAAGAAGACCCUCAACCUCCACCACUUGUCCAGCUUGAGGGUAACCCUGACGGGCAGGCUAUCAGGGAUGCAAUAACUGCAAACUAUUUCAGAUGAAGACGGACGGACAUUACAAGGCACCAUGGGUGACUUGAUCUAUGUAUGGCGUAAUAGUAUUCAGAAUGAUGUACGGACAUAGACAAAACAAGUCUUAAAAAUGUGUGUUCAUUUACAUCUGAUAAAGACAAAACAAGUCUAUAAAAUGUGUGUUCAUUUACAUCUGAUAAAGACAAAACAAGUCUAUAAAAUGUGUGUUCAUUUACAUCUGAUAAAGACAAAACAAGUCUUUAAAAUGUGUGUUCAUAAAUAUAUAGUUUAAUAAUUUUGAUUAUUUUCCCUGUGCAUAAUUAUAGAGAUCCAUUAUGUUUACAUUUAACUGACAACUAGGUCAGCCAUCAGCUGAUUGAACAGAUGUAUUUAAAUAUAGGUCAGGAAUUUUCUCAUGCACCUUGUAAACACUGUCUACAACUGAGUGUCUACUCUCUAACUUACUUUAUUUACAUUUUUGUGUUUAUUGUGAGAUGAUUUCAUGUUCAUCCAUAUAAUUUUAAAUAGUAACUAAAUGUUAAGUCACUUGUAUGUAAAACCUUGCAAAAGGUAGAUGUUGUAGUUGGCUAUUUUCAAUUGCCACUUUCUACACUAAGUCUUGGACACUGACCAUCAUUCACAUAUAUUAAAAACUUGGAACUUAAAACCCAUUGUGUUGUUUACACAAACCCCGGCUACAAAUGUAAUUUGUAUCAUUUAUUAUCAUUUUUAGAAUUUUUUUUUUCAAAAUGAUAAAAAAUGUUGUUUUAUGACAUUCUUUUACAGUUUGUCUUUGGCAAAUGCCAUCAUGAGCUUUCCCUCCUCAAAAAACUCUCUCUGGGAUUUCAUAAGUAGCAACUUUUCCUGUUGAACUGCAAUGGCUCCAGCAUAAUAUGCCAUCUGCAGUUCCCUCAGGGUCUGCUCUUUCCUGAUUUAUAGGAAAGUGCUUUGUAGCAUUUUUUACCAUAAACAUUUAUAAAUAAUAAGUUAUUAUAACUUAAUAACAAAAUCUUAUUUAUUAUGUCAUACAUCUGCAGUGUUUAUGCUGAUUUUUAAAUCUAAGUA